AUGAAAAGAGCAAGUUAUAAUGAGAACAAAAAACCACUGAUAAAAGAAAGCAUUGAUGAAGAUUUGCAGGAGCCAUUACCAUUAUCUACUAUACAAGGACAAGAAGAAAAUAGACCUAAAAUAAAAAUCGAAAGAGUGAAGGAAAGAAAGACUUACACUGCCAAGAAGAAAAUAUUUACACAAAAGGAAAAUAAAAUGCCACAACCACAAGCAUCUGAGGAUAUUAACCAAGACAAAAUUGUGGUCAAAGGACUCAAAUCAAAGAAAGAUAAUAGAGAAUUCAAGUUCGUUGAAAACGACAUUUCCAUAAUUGAUGUAGAAGAUGUGAUUUCAUAUUUUCUCAACGCCGUGUUAAAUAAACAAAAAGAUACAGUCAUAUUACCUUUUGAAGUAGAGGUAUUUGAAUGUAAAUGA